CCCCCUUACCGCAGUCACCGCCUACCGGAUAUAACGCUAGUUAGCGGGAGCUCCCCACUAAUUCUCCAACCGUCGCAACUCUUAAAAGCGAACACCUCACGACAUCAUAAUCAUCAGCAACCUGCAACCUACCUAGUAUAUAAAUGGACCGUUGACAUGUCUUGAAAUGCGGCUGCCUAUGCCAGCCAACUGCCCACCAUGUCUGUUGAGAUCUGGCCUCCUAUCUCGCCAGAUGAGCUUAAAAUCCAGGAAGAUGCCACUCAGGACCGAGAGCUAGCCUGGCUCCUCACCUCUCUGCGCUCCACCCUAGCGCAAGUAAAACAAGGUCUCGAAGACUGCUGUGCACUCCUCUCUCCGACCGACAUCUCCUCCGCGCCAGCCGGGAGCACACUCGCCCUUACCACUCCCCGAAACGAGACUGUGAAAGGGCAUGCGACCCGCAUCGGCACCCGUCUAGUCCGAGGCAUUGUCCACCUCCGUCUCCGGACCCUCCCCCCACAAACCCUAUCCCUCGACCCCUCUCGCCCCGUCCGCGUAGCCGCACUCACACGCCUCGACGCCCUUCUCGCACGUUCUGUAGCCCUAUGUCUCGACCUAGAAGAACACGACCAAACCCGACACCACACCGACCCACCCUCCGCCCCGUAUCUAGCAGCCCAGCUGCGCCUCCUCUCCCAAUACAUAUCCGAAGCAGGCUCCCUAGUAAAAGGGCCCCCCAACCCAUCCAAACGCACCCCUCCCCCCUCAUCCUCGCGCCCGGGGACCGCAGCUUCAGUAUCCUCAACACGGACCCAAGAACCACGAUUAGAUCAACAACCACAAACCCCACCCGACACAUCCUGGACCACAGGCUCAAUCUCCCUCCACCAUUUCACACCGCCGUUAAGCCGUAACUUAUCCAUCUAUCUCACGAUCCAAGACGCAUGCUUAGUACUCUACCUCCGCGCUUUGGAACCCGCCGACGCACCCGUGAAUUUCGGUACUAAGCUCGCACUUGCCAUCGGUACGACGAGGCGGCUUGAGCAUGAUGAGGCUGAUAAAGUGUUUAAUUAUCGGUGUGAUGAAGAUGGGGAGUUAAGUGAGGGGGGCCAUGGUCAUGGGGAUGAUAGGAGAGAAGGGGGUGCAGAAGUUUAUGUACGAGAAAAAGUCCGUGUUGAGAGCGCGGACCCGAGUUUGUUGUCCCUGUCGGCGAAGUUAAGUGCGUUGGGUUAUGCUUUGGGAUUGGCGCGGCGGAAUUUAGCCGCUGUUAUGGGCGAGGAGAUCGAGGACUAGUGCUAGACGUUGAAUUUGGGAUAUUGAUGGGGAAACUGUAAUUGGGUUGCUAUCCGCAAUCGAAUUGCGUUGAUGCAAAUGGUACGUGCGUUCUUUAGCUCUGGUGGUUAACUGGAGCAAAGCGACAUUGAUAAGAUGUAUUCAUGGGCUUCAUGACAAAGAGCAGCGAAUAUCAUCCAUACUUAGGUAUUAAACUGUUAAAUACUUGUCACGAAUAGUUCUGGCU